AUGCUUCAGGCCUUCAGCCAGAUUCUAGCUGCGGCAUGGAAAAGGAGCGUCGGCUGUGCUCGCGACUCCGUGUACCUUCUUCGCGCCCUCCUGUUCCUUUACCUGUUUCUCGACUUCUUCCUGGCUGGACGCUCAGCUGUGAGAGUGCCGGGCACAGGGCUGCUGGAACUGGUGGGCUGGUUUCACUUUGCAAGCCAGGCCCUGGAAAUUGGGGCUAGGAAUUUGCCUGCUGAUAUGGCUGACGCCUCGGGCGACUAUGGAGGAGUUUGGAGCAAGUGCCCUACCUGGGAUGGCUCGCCGCUUUCUUGGCGAGCUUUUAAAAGGGAGAUGGCUUGGUGGGUGAGUUCUCUUGACCUGGAAUCCACCCGAAAGUUCAACUUGGCCGCGCGGUUCCUCAUGAGGCAAAGCGGCACGGUCAGGCAGAGGGGAGAAGAAUUUUCUCCCGAAGAGCUUGCUUUUCAGCCUGCUGUGACCGCGCCGGAUCCUCAAACAGGGGAGCAGAUCACAAUUGUCGAGGAGGACCUCCUGGCAGGACUGAACAAGCUGCUCGCUGCGCUUGAGAAUCUGAAUGGCCAGUCGGUGCUAGAUCGUCGUGGGGAACUUCGCACGCAAUUUUAUCUGCAUCUGGCCAGGCGGCCGGGGGAAAGAGUUGCGGAUUAUGCCACCCGUUUUCGGACGGCCAUAUCAGAUAUGAAAACAGAGGGAGUGAAGCUCCCGGACCCAGAGGUUGGAUGGUUUUUCAAGGAGAAGCUGGGUUUGGAUGCGCUUCGCCGUCAAUUGCUUGACACCGCCUUGCAAGGAGCAGAGGCCUACGGUACGAUAGAGGGCGAGUGUCUUCGACUUUUCAGAGACUUACACCUACAGGACCCUCUCUAUCGUCGUUUGGACAAAGGCAGCGGGCGCAUGACCAUCAAGCGCAUCUUUGGCGGCGGCCCGCCGUCUGGCGCAUCCUCGGCCCCUUCUUCCUUGCCUUCCCGACGGCCCUCGACUUUGACAACCUCGAGCUCUACGGCUUCCUCUCGAAAGUUUGUCCCGCGGCAGGUGCAGGCGGCUGAAGCCGAGGAGCAAGAAGCCAUGGAAGCAGCACUGGUGGACGGCGACGAGGCAGAGCAGGAGCCCGAGGAGACGGUCGGUGACAACCCCUCCUUGGAGGAAGUCCUGCAGACUGAGGUGCAGUGUCUGGCGGAGGUGAACUCCCACUCCGUUGCUGAGGUCGAAGCCCUUGCGAACCAGGAGGCGCACGAAGUGCACAUGGUGAUGUCUUUAUCGGCGGCCCUUCGCUCUGGAUCGUCUGCGGCCGCUUCGGAGGUGAUGGCUGCCAGCGCCCUUUCUCACGACAAGGCGUUGGUAGGUGCUCUGGACUCAGCGUGCAACCGGACUUGCGCGGGCGAGGAAUGGAUCCUUGGCUACCUGGCAGAGCUGCAAAAGGCGCCCGCAGAAAUUCGCGAGCUGGUCCUGACCACGGAGGAGCGUGAAAGCUUUAAGUUUGGGAACGGGGCCACCUUGCCAAGUGGAGUGCGCUACAGGCUGCCGGCGGUCAUUGCCGGGAACCUCGUUGGCAUAUGGGUUUCCUGUGUGCCGGUUCCCUCUUUGGGUCUUCUUCUUGGCCGUGAUCUUCUCGAUGGGCUGGGCGGCGUGCUCGACUUUGGUCGCAAGACUCUUCGAUGUAAUCUUUUUGCAGGCCGGCCACCCGUGCCUUUGGAGCGCCUCGCAGCGGGGCAUUUGGCCCUGAACCUUAUUCCGGACCUGUGGCCGAUUGUGAGCCGGAGCCGCUGGCGAAAAUUGGGGCCUGGAGGUGUUCUUGAGUGUAGCAUUGGCUGUGCUGAGUGGGCUGCUCACCUUUUGCAAGCUUCUCCACUUGUGUCGGAAGACGAGCCCCAUAACCACAACCUCACCGAAGCAAGCUUGGAACUUGGCAAGAUGGCUUUUCACGCUGUUCUUUGUGCCUCGGCCCGAACCGUGGAGAUGAUGAGUAACUCAGGCUCGUUGGAGCGGCAGUUCCUGGAUCCCGGCACCUUGGCCGGCGACAGGUGGCGGCGAAUGCUCCUACGGUCCCUGGCGCGAUUCGACUGGAGCCGCGAAGGAGUAAGACUUUGGUGCGUAAAGCAUCCCGAGCUGCGCUGGCUGCCCUUUCCGUAUCCCUCGGUGUCCUCUGUGGAGCAGUGGAGGCUUCAGUUGGAUGGGAUGGUCGCCAGUGGCUGCUAUCCGAAGCGAUGGGUGGGCCGAGGCCGCUUUACUUCGACGACCUUGGCCUCAAUGAGCUGGCUUCGCGGCCGCGUCGGGCUGAAGUUCGCCUUCCUGGAGGACCCGGUGUUGAGUGGAAUGCUGGCCUCUCGCCAGCAGCCUGGCCGGAUGAACCGUAUCAGGACGGCGGCCAUUCGAGAAGAGGCGGCGGCGAUGGCGAAGGAGUCCGACAGACUGAAGGUGGCACGCGCGCUCCUCGGACCAAAACGGGGGCUUCCUACCUUAAAGGGCGACCUGGUGAAGCUGGCUGCUCUUUUGCACACCCCGCUGGAGGAGAAGGACACCGUCAAGACCAUCAAGGACAAGCUUCGACCACUUCUGGUGGACCUGUGCCACAAGGUGCCCUAUACUCCAGCCGAGGCUUCGGCCGCAUCUUCGGCGAGCUUUGCCGAGCACUACGACUUGACCAAGUCCCCGACCAUGGCAGCGGCACCCCGACCUUCGACUUUGACCUCGUUCGGGACUAUGUCGCCUGGGCCGAACCCCGCUCCGACGACCUUUCCGGUGGUCGCCGAGGACCCUAUGAAUGUUGCCACCUUGAACACGCACCUGAUGAACGUGAUGGACCAGCGGUUCAAGGAGCUCGGAGAGCGCCGCGAGGCGAUGCUGACUCAGGUGCUGCAGCAUAUGAUGCAGCUGCAGACCAACCCGCGAGGAGCCGAGCCGGACCACGAGAUGGGAGACGGCUGCACCCUGACGCAAGCCGGGCAGCGGCAGAUGAUUGGUCAAGCUUGGGAGCGGCACCGUCGGGACCAGCUGCUUAUAUCGUGCUCCCCGCGCCGGGUCGCUGAGGUGAUGAAUGCCGAGCACCACGGGCUCUACCGCAGGGGCAUGCACGAGACCUUUGUCAUGGAGAUCCCGCUCUUGUGCUCUGACGUGCUCGGCUAUAACACUUCUGUGGGGCAGUGUGCUCGGACCCGGGGGCACACGACCGGGACCACUCUGGGUCCGGAUGCCGGCUGGGAUUUCAUGGUGCCGGCACAGAGACAAGCAGCGUUGAAGCUGCUUCAAAACAAAAACCCCUACUUUGUGGUCAUGUCAGUGCCCUCGGCCGUUGUUCAUGAGUUUGGGCCGGUUCGAUGUGACGGGCCUCCUCCUCGGCGUCCCUUCAUGGAGAUUCGUGCGUUUCCCAAGGGCUUUACAGACCGGCUGGUGGCCGCCAUGGAGGAGGAAUUUGACGCGGAGACCUGCUUGCGCCGGGCGGCUGUGCAGGCGAAUGAGUGCUUCGAGGUUUCCGGUGUGGGGGCCUCUGUGGACUUUGUGCAGGAGACUUUGGCGCAGGAGGCCGGCCUUGAGGGCGACAGCGAGACCGAGGAGGAGGCGGAGACACCGUUCGUCGGGGAGAUCACGCCGGCGAUUCGGGCGGCGGUGCGUCGAGUACAUGAAGCGACGGGCCACCGUCCUCCUAAACGAUUGGCUCGGGCUCUUCUGCUUUCUGGUGCUCCCCCUGCUGCUGUUCAAGCCGCUCGCGAGCUGAAGUGUGACGUUUGCUUGGAGAAGAGCAAGCCCAAGGCCAGGCGAGUGGCGACCCUUCCGGCUCCGAGGGCCGUGGGGGAACGAGCUCAUGUGGAUCUUUUGGUGGUCGAGGACGCCCUGGGAGAGGCCUUUGUUGUUGCCCAUGCCACCGAUGCCGUGUCGAAGUACCAGCUGGCCGCGGUGAUUCCGGACAAGUCCUCGGCCUCGGUGAUCGAUUUCCUUACGCGCUUGUGGUGGCCCUUGCUUGGUGCCCCUCAGCAGAUUGUGGCAGACCAGGGCCGAGAGUUUAUUAGCGAGGAGUUUCAAAACUUUUGCUCGGCCCACUCGGUGCACCUUUGGCACUGUGCUGUUCAAGCCCCCUGGCAGAACAGCCCGGCAGAGCGCUCGGGAGGAGUUUUGAAGACCCUGGUGGCGGCACUUGUGGCCGAACAUGUUACUUUGGGCUUCCGGGACAUGUGCAACGUUGUGGGAGAAGCCUGCUCGGCCUACAACGCGGACGCCAAUGAGGAAGGAGUCUCUCCGUUACAAAGUGUUACGGGCCGUCAACCGGGACACCAAGGUUCGGUGCUACACAACUUCGCCGGGCGGCUUGCCGAGCAUGGUCUCAUUGACUCCGAGCCCUCGCUUCAGCAAAGACUCGCUCUGAGAGAGAGUGCCCGAGUGAGCAUGGUGAGGCUACAUUACUCCCGAGGAAUUCGACGUGCAGAACUAGCUCGGAGCCGGGAGCCCACCAUUCAACGUCCCAUCGUGGCGGGUGACACCGUUUAUUUUUGGCGGGUGCAGAAGGUGAAUCGUCGAGGUGACUCGCGACUCUCGACUUCGAGCAGGCGGCGGCGACUUGAACUCCGUCGUUGGCAUGGGCCCGCCAUUGUGCUGGCUUUGGAACGCAGCUCAGAGGCCAGUGCGGUGACCAAUGUUUUCUUGUCUUUCAAGGGCCAGGUGACAAAGUGUGCUUUAGAACAUGUUCGGUUGGCUUCGUCCUUGGAGCAGCUUUUGGGCGGAGCCUGGGAAGCGGCGAUCAAGGAGCUCACCGAGGGCGGCGGCACUCCUGUUCGUGCCUUGGUACCCGGCGGCCUGGAGGAUGUUCCUGAGGAGCCUGUGGGCGACUUGGUGAGUUCAGCCGAGCCCCCUUCGACGGCGGCUCCUGGAACUCCGGUGGGGCAAUUGCUUCAGCGGCCUGUGGUGCAGCGUGCUUUGCAACGGGCGCAGAAUCAGCCCCUGGAACUGACCUUGGGGAGUCAAGCUCUUGCUCGUGGUCAGCCGGGAGACUUUGCUGCUGAACUGCGGUCUCUUAUGGAGCGGGGACGCAAGCGUUCGGUGACUGAGAGUGCCGAGCCCACCGAGUCCUUGGUGGAUGGACCGCCUUCGUUUUCGAGGAGGGCCCUUACCGUGAACCACGACCAGCUACGUCGGCUUGCUUCACCUGGUGGGGACCUACAUCCUCUACUGCAAGUUCAGGCCCAAGUUGAGUGUGAUCGCCUUCGCGGGGCUGUGUCGGAGCAAGCUCCUGACCAUGGGUCGUGGGAUGGCCGUUGGUCUUUGCCAACGCGGUCGCAACACGACCUUCUUCGGACGAUGGGCGCUCCUUUGCCUACUGGCGUUCCCGAAAAGGGCCAUGAGGUCAACGCGACGGGUGGGCGAAAGGAGAAAAUCUGGAGCCACAUGAGCGAGUCGGAGAAGCAACUUUGGAGCGAAGCCGCGGUAAAAGGGUGGAGCGCCUAUGUGGACAACGACGCCAUCCGUGUGCUCUCGGUGCAAGAGAGCCUGGCUGUGAGAAAGGAGCUGGCUCGCAAGCGCGAGCUCGACAGAAUUCUCACCCCGCGCUUCGUCAUGACUGACAAGAACGACUCGCUCAGGACUGAAGAAGGGGCAAAUUUGCCUCCGGCUCCCAGUUCCCGACUUGUCGUCCCAGGCUUUGAGGACAGAGCGAACCUGGAGGGCGAGAUCAGACGGGAUGCCCCGACCGGCAGUCGGCUGAGUCAACACUUGCUCGUUUCCUUGGUGGCUUUUCACCACAAGACCUGGAGCCUUCUCUCUGCAGACGUCAAAGCCGCUUUCCUCAAAGGAGAUCCCUUCGUGGCGCGCGAGUUGUACAUUGGUGCCACGAACCCCAAGGUCGGCCCUUCCAUUCCUUUGCCUCAAGGCUGCUUGGCCAAGGUUCUCAAGGGGGUCUUCGGCCUUGCUGACGCGCCGCGCCAAUGGUGGGUCAAGCUUUCAAAGUCUCUUGAGGCGCACGGUUGGCAGCGUUCGGCUUUGGACCAGGCGGUUUGGUUCCUUUGGGAUGGACCAGAGCGAGAGCAGCUUCGAGGGAUGAUCGUGAGCCACGUGGACGACCUGCUGUUCGGUGGAGACGCCGUCGCCGAGAAGUCCCUCAUGGAGGUCGGCGACCAGCUCGGGUUCCGGGACGUCACGCGCAACGAGUUCACCUGGUGUGGGAAGUUCUUUCAGAAGUGUGCCGAUGGCAAGGUGACGCUUUCCAUGAAGGCGUACCACGAGAACCUACGCGAGGUCUACGUGCCUAAGGCUCGCCGAGGUGACGUGGCUGCACCUCUUACGGCUCCUGAACACCGACAGCUUCGUGCCCUUCUUGGCAGUUUUCAGUGGCUGGUGGCGCAGCUCAGGUUUGACUUGGCCUUUUGCGUUUCCUCUUUGCAAGGAGAGUCGCCUCCGACCGUUGGAACGCUCUUGAGGGCCAACCUUCUGGUGCGUGAGUUCCAGCGAAACUGUGGCUUCGAGUUGGUGUUCCGGGGUGUUAAUCCCUACGCUGGUGGCCUCAUGGUGGUGACCGACGCCGCCCUGGGGAACGUGGACGUGAAAGGCUCGGCUCAGGAAGCUCCUCUGACCAAGGUGUUUUCUCAAGCUUGUUACUUUGUGGUGCUGGCCGACGAGGCGCUGAUGGCGCUGAUGGCUGGCAAGACUGGGAGCUUCAACAUUUUGGAUAUGCGAUCGCAUCGCAUACCCCGUGUUUGCCGGUCUUCGUAUGCUGCCGAAACGCUCGGCGCAGAGGAGGCCUUUGACGUGGGACAGUUGUGCCGGGGGUUUUUGGCAAGCGUCAGGGGCCUCAGCCUGCACAAGUCUCAAGUCGACGUGUCGCUGAACACCGUCCCGCUGUGUGUUGUGGUGGACGCCAAGGAUGUGUAUGACAAGUCGAACAGUGACUCCAACAGCUUUGGCAGUCAAAAGUCCUUGGCUUUCACAAUAGCCUGGCUUCGCAGUGUGUUGCGGCGACCCAACACCAGUCUUCGUUGGACCAGCACGGAAAACAUGUGGGCAGACGGAGGAACUAAAGAAAUGGACCUGACCCACAUGCGUGAGAUCAUGUCCGCCGGCCGGUGGUCUGUGACCUACAGCCCGUCCUUCGUGAAGCAGGUUUCCAAAGGGAAGCGGAAGAAGCCGGAGCCCAUGCUAGAGCAGGCGCCAAUGGGGCAGUUGCUUCCUCCGAACGACCCUCUUCUUGGUCAUUUGCUGAAGCUGGGUGAGCAGCGCGGCUGGCACAACCUCGAGAACAUGGGGGUGAAUGUGGCCUACGACGCUCGUAGCAAGCGCUCUCCAGAGCCGAGGUUUUCUCCCAGUGCCUUUCCUUUUAGAAGCUCGUUUUGCCGUGUAGAGUUAUCCUCCGGGCAAGUUCAAUGGCGUGUUCUGGAGCGAAAUGCUUCGUAUCAAGAGUUGCCAAAUCAGCAUGAGCUGCUCCCUCAAAGGGCACCCAUCCUCGUGACCUUCUUCACGAGAGAUGCUGUGCAGUAG